UCCUCCUUCCGCCUCCUCCUUUGUAGCGAGUUCCCGGCCCCUCUUCCUCCCCCCGCCCCCCAGCCCGGGCCCUCUCCCUCGCUCCCUUUCUUCCUGCCUCGCCUUCCUGCGGCGAAGGAGGCUCAUCUAUUAUAAAUGCACAUUCGGGGCUGACAUCAGCGACGAGCGGCGGGCGAGCGCCGACGAGCGGUCCCUGCGCGCUGCCCGCCCGAAGUGCUGCCCCCAGGCUCGGCUGAGCCUCCCGCGGGGCGCGGGGAGCGCUCGAGUCGCGCCGGACCCCCUUCCCGCCGCCUCCCGGGGCCCGCCGCCGACCCCGGCCGCCGCCCCCGCACGCCGCGCCCGCGCCCCCGCACCGCCCCGGAGUUUCUGCAUGACUGUCACAAAGAUGUCCUGGCGUCCGCAAUACCGCAGCUCCAAGUUCCGGAACGUCUACGGGAAGGUGGCCAACCGGGAGCACUGCUUCGACGGGAUCCCCAUCACCAAGAAUGUGCAUGAUAACCAUUUUUGCGCCGUCAAUGCCCGCUUCCUGGCCAUCGUCACUGAGAGCGCAGGAGGUGGCUCCUUCCUCGUCAUUCCCCUGGAACAGACGGGCAGGAUUGAACCCAACUACCCCAAGGUCUGUGGUCACCAGGGCAACGUGCUGGACAUCAAGUGGAACCCCUUCAUCGACAACAUCAUUGCCUCGUGCUCGGAGGACACGUCGGUGCGGAUCUGGGAGAUCCCCGAGGGCGGGCUGAAGCGGAACAUGAUGGAGGCUCUUCUGGAACUGCAUGGGCACAGCCGGCGCGUGGGGCUGGUCGAGUGGCACCCUACCACCAACAACAUCCUGUUCAGUGCUGGCUAUGACUACAAGGUCCUCAUCUGGAACCUGGACGUGGGCGAACCGGUGAAGAUGAUAGACUGCCACUCGGACGUGAUCCUCUGCAUGUCCUUCAACACUGACGGCAGCCUGCUUACCACCACAUGCAAGGAUAAGAAACUGCGUGUGAUCGAGCCCCGCUCCGGCCGCGUUCUGCAGGAGGCGAACUGCAAAAACCACAGAGUGAACCGGGUGGUCUUCCUGGGAAACAUGAAGCGGCUUCUCACGACGGGGGUCUCCAGGUGGAACACGAGACAGAUCGCCCUCUGGGACCAGGAGGACCUGUCCAUGCCCCUGAUCGAGGAGGAAAUCGAUGGGCUCUCUGGCCUCCUGUUCCCCUUCUACGACGCUGACACACACAUGCUCUACCUGGCUGGAAAGGGAGAUGGAAACAUCAGGUACUACGAGAUCAGCACGGAGAAGCCCUACCUGAGUUACCUCAUGGAGUUCCGCUCCCCAGCCCCGCAGAAAGGCCUCGGGGUUAUGCCCAAGCACGGGCUGGAUGUGUCUGCCUGCGAGGUGUUCCGAUUCUACAAGCUGGUGACUCUCAAGGGCCUGAUUGAGCCUAUCUCCAUGAUCGUGCCCCGGAGGUCGGAUUCCUACCAGGAAGACAUUUACCCCAUGACGCCGGGCACAGAGCCAGCUCUGACCCCCGAUGAGUGGCUGGGAGGCAUCAACCGAGAUCCUGUGCUGAUGUCUUUGAAAGAAGGCUAUAAGAAGUCCCCCAAAAUGGUAUUCAAGGCUCCCAUCAAAGAAAAGAAGAGUGUUGUGGUCAACGGAAUAGAUUUAUUAGAAAAUGUCCCACCCAGGACAGAGAAUGAGCUCCUCCGGAUGUUCUUCCGGCAGCAGGAUGAGAUUCGGAGGUUGAAAGAGGAGCUGGCCCAGAAGGACAUCCGCAUUCGGCAGCUACAGCUGGAACUGAAAAACUUGCGCAACAGCCCCAAGAACUGUUAGCUCCCCGGCUGAGCUGCUUUCUAAGCCGAUCUCUCCGUUGUUUCUACUCGUCCCUUAACUUCCCCUUCUCCGGUGACCCCAGAGACAGAGCCAGGACUGGAGCUGGGGGAGUGCCUGAGGACCCCACCUGCCACCUCAAGAACUGGAAGCUGACCUUUGACCUCUCGACCUCAUGCUAACAAAAGCCCCCAGCCUCUCCCGGAGACCCAGGCUGGCAGCCCCUUCCCCUGCCACCCCAGGAGCCUCGGCUUCCCCUUGGCUGGCAAAGACCUCAGACUCCCCGAGGGGUGCCCUCAAUGGACCAAGGAGCGGAGGGGGAUGCCAGGACCCCAGGAGACUUAGAGGUUGAACUUUUCCCCUGCAAAGGGGGCUGCCAGGACAUCUCCGUGCUCUCUGCUGGGGCUCACAAUGGCCCUGAUGGACGCACAGUAUGGGCUGGAUUGCCGGCAUCAGCUGUUCUCCCUGCCAUCCCCCACCUCCCUCUCCCCCCGG